AGCGUUGGCACCCCAAUGUUGGCACCGGGGCAUCGACGGGCACCAGGGCAGGCCAGGGUAGUGCUGGGGCUUAGUGUGGCAAACCACAUAACAAGGCUAAGAAUAAUGGGUUUGGUACGGCGUAUGCUAGUGUGGUUGGCCUGGUGUGCUGUUCUUACAGCAUCUUUGAAUCUUUUGAUGGUCAGCAGAAUCACUACAGACUCCUUCCAAAGCAGGCACCACCAUCCAAACCCUCUGCCAACCUCAGCAGUACCGAACUACAUUAGACGAAAGGAAAAAGUCUACCUACAGGGGGAGGUAUAUGCAGUAAGGGAGAUCCAUAACCCAGAAAAGUAUGAGCUAAAUCGCACAGGGCUGCAAAUGUUGUCCUUGUUAUAUAAACACCUUCCAGCCAUCAGGGUGCAAUAUUCAACUAUUUCCCCACAAAUAAUGGAUAUUGUUCAGAAGUUGAAAAGAGACAUAACAAGGAGGGGAGUGACAGAUGACCCAUGGGACUUAGCAAGGAAGUGGGCCAAGCCAAGGUCAUUGCUUCCGGAAUCAGCCCCUGGAUUAGGAGAUGUUCUCGCUGCCCUUUCUACGGCUCCCAUCACAGCAGCUGAUAUUGGUUACAGAGGAACACAGCUCAAAGUGUCUCUCCGGUUGAAAGGUGGCCAGAUUGUAAUUUUUAAACCAUUAAGGUAUUCUCGUAAUGAGCUCAUCGAAGGUAUUUACUCAGGAUUUGAUCGACAUAAUGGAGAAAUAGCUGCAUUCCAUCUGAGUAGACUUUUAGACCUGCGGAUGGUACCCCUUACUGUAGGUCGCAACGUCUCUCUCAAAAGACAGAUACUUCCUGUUUCGGCCAGGAGACUUAGCAAAACAUUCUUCCCAGGGAGAGAUGCCCAGGGGCUUCUCAGAUCUAGAGCUCUCUAUAGGGGUGAGGUAGUUAGACUAGAGGGACAACACAGCGGGAUCACAUUUCGAUUAGAGACCUAUCAAGAGCAAGAGGUGUAG